AUGACGGCCGGCUGCCAGGCCGAGGGCCCCGGCGGGGUCCCCGCCUCCGCGCGAGCGCCCUUGCCGGCGGCCCAGCUGCUGUCGGCCUUCUUCUACGGGACCUGCUCCUUCCUCCUCGUGCUGGUCAACAAGACGCUGCUGACCACCUACGGCUUCCCGUCACCGAUUUGUCUUGGAAUUGGACAGAUGGCAGCUACCAUAAUGAUACUGUAUGUGUCCAAGCUAAAUAAAAUAAUUCACUUCCCUGAUUUUGAUAAGAACAUUCCUGUAAAGCUGUUUCCUCUGCCUCUCCUCUACGUUGGAAACCAUAUAAGUGGAUUAUCAAGCACAAGAAAAUUAAGCUUGCCGAUGUUCACAGUGCUCAGGAAAUUUACCAUUCCACUUACUUUACUCCUGGAAACCAUCAUACUCGGGAAACAGUAUUCCUUGAACAUCAUUGUCAGUGUGUUUGCUAUAAUUCUUGGUGCUUUCAUCGCAGCUGGUUCUGACCUUGCUUUCAACUUGGAAGGCUAUGUUUUUGUGUUUUUGAAUGAUAUCUUCACAGCUGCGAAUGGCGUUUAUACCAAACAGAAAAUGGACCCAAAGGAGCUAGGGAAGUAUGGAGUGCUUUUCUACAAUGCCUGCUUCAUGAUCAUCCCCAUGCUUAUCAUUAGUGUCUCUACUGGAGACUUCCAACAGGCUACUGAAUUCAACCAAUGGAAGAAUGUUGUAUUUAUCAUUCAGUUUCUUCUUUCCUGUUUUUUGGGGUUUCUGCUGAUGUACUCCACUGUCCUGUGUAGCUACUAUAACUCGGCCCUGACAACUGCUGUGGUUGGAGCCAUCAAGAAUGUAUCCAUUGCCUACAUUGGGAUGUUAGUUGGUGGAGACUAUAUUUUUUCUGUGUUAAACUUUGUAGGAUUAAAUAUUUGCAUGGCAGGGGGUUUGAGAUAUUCCUUUUUAACUCUAAGCAGCCAGUUAAAACCGGAACAACCUGUCGACGUAGAAAACAUCCCUCCGGAUUUGAAGAGCUAGAAUCCCUGGCUGAGUUGUGGACUGACCUGGAGUCUGGUGGAGGGGGGUGAGCGUGGAGGGGCUUCCCAGGCUAGGACUGUAAAGUCAGAAGUUUGGAAUGUGGGACACCCACUCCCCUGGUUAAAGCACAAAUAGGAAUGUCUGGAAAACACAAAGAAAAUCUACCUCAUGUGCUACCCACCAUGAGCCAUGAUGAGUGUCUGGCCAAAGCCUUACCAGCCCAAAGUGAAUCUUUUCUAAGUAAGCCAUUGGUUAAAAGGAUGGUUUUCAAGGGGAGAACCCCGAUUGGUAGGGUGCACAUCCACUUUCCGUGCUGCUGCUUGCUGAUAUGUGUCCCUAACAGGGAGUUAAAGGUGGAUGCUGUGAUGCUAUUAUUGGCACCUUGGCAUUAACUUUAAAGACCUCCACUAAAACAGUGUCAGCAGGAACAUUUUUUUCAGUUUAAACAAACAUGUCUUUAUUUGAAUGAAAUUAACCAGCUAAGUGCCAGCAAUUUGUUAGCAUUGAUUUAAUCUUACAUGUUGUUACCUUUUCCCAGUCAUCAAAGUAAAAUAAAAAAUAAUUUAGUGCAUGCUUUGUACUAUGAUAUUAUCGUAGACAGGCAGAAAAGCAGCAAGUCAGUUAUUCACUCUACUUUGAAGGGUGACAUGUCUUAAAAGCUCAUGGUGGGGAAAGAUUACAAAAUAGCUUAGUCUGUACCACCAGUAUUAAAGUAGCUUACAUUUCUUUUCUCAUUGCCCUCCAGGUUUGUUUUGGGGGUCUUUGAAAUUCAGCUCAUGUGGAUUUAACCACAGCUACAUUUGCCCUCAGGCUUUCCUUCCAGAUCAACUGUGUGCCUGUGUAGGCAAGAGUAUUUGUUUUCUCUGCACACAGAACACUGCGGAAUGUGUGGGUUUUCUUCCCUGACUUAAAAUAAUUCUCCAGCUCUCUGAACACCAACUGGGUGUCCUACAAUUGAAUUCUGACACUAACAAGUUAAAACUGACCCUACAAAGUUUAAGGGCUUAAUCCUUUAAGACUGUUCUUUACUUCAGAGGCCAAUCCCAUGGCCCAGGUUAUAACCAGUGUCAGGGAAGAAUCUGGGUGUAGGUGGAGGGGAGGUGUGUGGGUAAAAGAACUCACUAGAGACAAAGUGGAGAACAGAACAGCAAAUUUGGGAAGACAGGAGGGGACUGCUGUCCAGAAAGUGAGGGUCCUGAAGUGCUAUUUAUACCCUAGGCACCAUUGGCUAGUGAAGGUAACUAGUCUUGUCUGUGUCCUGACUGAUGAUCUGAAGUAGCAUAGCGGAUCAUCAGGUCUUCAGAUUAUCAGUUUACUGUCCAGGUUCCCAUGACAGUUCCUUCCACUCCCUUUAUUCAUUCAUGCCUCCCAAACUUGCCUGCUGGGCAAGGAAUAGGGGCUUUUUAAAUUUAGCAAUGAUACCAGGACACAUAAGUAGUUAAAUGAUGUCAUCUCUCAUCUAUUUCUUGGUCAUUGCAUAGCUCCUUUGGAGAAAAUGUCUAUUCAAAUUCUUGCUAAUUUUUGAAUUUUUUUAUUGCUGAGUUGUAGUUUUUUAAAUUACUUUAUUUUUUAAAUCUGAAAAUUAAUGUUAAUGAAAGUAAUACUGCUUUACAACACUGUGUGUUUCAGGGGUACAGGUUCACACCUCUACAAAUGUAUGUUAGCACACUACACCCAUCACUGAGGUUCCAGAGAUCCUCCACCUUUGGGCCCCCUCCCUACUUUUCUCCCAUCUCCACACCCUCCUCUUCUGGGUAGCUUCAGUUCUAUAGUCAGAUUUCAAGCAUAUGUUUCUGUCUGUUCCUUUGCUUUUUUCUUUGUAUUCUACAUGUGAGUGAAACAAUCCAGUAUUUGCUUUCAUGUUCUGACUUAUUUAGUAUAAUCUCCUCCAGCUUGAUCCAUGUUGUCUCAAAUUGUAAGGUUUUAUUUAUUUUUAAUCACUGAGUAUUACCCCAUGAGGUACAUAUAUAACACGUUAUCCCCUCAUCUGUGGUUACACACUUAGGGUAUUUCCAUAACUUGACUAGUGUAGGUAGCACUGCAAUGAAAGUAGUGCUUAAAAGUAGUCUUUUUUAUUCUUUAUCACUUAAAAGUAAUGCUUUUUAUUUUUCAGGCAGAUACCUAGGAAUGGAAUGUUGGAUCAUUUGGUAGAUAUAUUUUUUUUUAUUAUAAAUUUUAUUUUUAUAUUCCCCAUACAAUUGCGACCCACUUAUUUUGACCCCAAUCCCUCCCCUCCCUGUCCCCUACCCCCUAUAGAGUGUCUCUGGUUCAUAGUUGUUUGUUGAUUUUGAUUUUCACUUUCUUAUAGUUAUUCUUUUUCCUGGUCCCUUAUUUAAGUUUUCUAGAUUCCUGCUAUGAGUGAGACCAUCCGGUAUUUUUCUUUUUAUUUCUGGCUUAUUUCACUGAGCAUGAUCCCUUCCAGCGCCAUCCAUGUUGCUGCAAAUUGUACAUGUUUAUCUUUUUUGAAUGCAGAGUAACAUUCCAUGGUGUAUAUGUACCACAUCUUCUUGAUCCAGUCAUCUA